AUGUCAGCUCCCAUAUCGAAAAAGAGAAAAUUUAUCAACGAUGGUGUUUUCCAAGCUGAGUUGAAUGAAUUCUUGGCCAGAAUUUUAGCCGAGGAUGGAUACUCAGGUGUAGAAGUGAGAGUCACACCGAUAAGAACCGAAGUUAUAAUUAGGGCUACACGCACGAGGGAAGUACUAGGUGAUAAGGGAAGGCGAAUCAGAGAACUCACAUCCUUGGUCCAGAAAAGAUUCUUCAACAAGUCGACAAACAGUGUUGAAUUGUUUGCAGAGAGAGUAGAGCACAGAGGAUUGUGUGCAAUGGCACAAGCAGAGUCACUCAGGUAUAAGUUACUAAAAGGAUUGGCAGUCAGGCGUGCAUGUUAUGGUGUCCUUAGACACAUUAUGGAGUCUGGGGCCAAGGGAUGUGAAGUUAUUGUGUCUGGUAAAUUAAGAGCCCAGAGAGCUAAGAGUAUGAAAUUCCGUGAUGGCUACUUAAUAUCAACAGGAGAGCCAUCCAAAAGAUUUGUGAACACGGCUACUAGAUCAGCACAGCUAAAACAAGGAGUCCUUGGUAUUAAGGUUAAGAUUAUGUUACCCACUGCUGUUGACUCUAAGACUGGAUUGCCAUCCAUUUUGCCUGAUAACAUUUCUGUUCUGGAGCCCAAAACGGAAACCAUAGAAGCAUUAUGA